CUGGAUAGUGUUCAGCAUAUUACCUGGGUGUGUUGACACACUGCUUGAAUCUUAUAUUCGUAUUCUUCGGGGUUUUUUUUUUUUUUUUUUUUUUUUAAAUGUUAACAUUAUCCGCAAUAGGAAUUGAUUUGGUACAAUGGAACCAUGAUUUGUAGACUACCGCUCUCUAGAAAUAUUACGCGUUCUUCUUCUCUUGUGUCAGUAUCGGUCAACUGGACGCCAUAUUGUAAUAAUAAAGCCGCUUCCUGGUUGAAACGGACAUCUAAAAAAAAUAUUCAUAUCUAAUACAAUACAGAACGAAUCUGCACAAUGACAGAGCAGCAGCUGGACUGUGCACUGGAUUUGAUGAGACGUCUGCCACCUCAGCAGAUUGAGAAAAACCUCAGCGACCUUGUAGACUUGGUACCUGCUCUGUGCGAAGACUUGUUGUCAUCUGUCGACCAGCCCUUGAAGAUAGCGCGAGAUAAAAACAGUGGAAAAGACUAUCUCCUGUGUGACUACAACCGAGAUGGGGACUCGUACAGAUCUCCGUGGAGCAAUACCUAUGAUCCACCUCUAGAUGAUGGAACGAUGCCAUCGGACAAGCUACGUAAACUGGAAAUUGACGCUAACAACGCCUUUGAUCAGUUUAGAGAGAUGUAUUUUGAAGGCGGAGUAUCAUCUGUAUAUCUAUGGGAUUUGGAUCAUGGCUUUGCUGGUGUUAUUUUAAUUAAAAAGGCAGGAGAUAGUUCCAAGAAGAUAAAAGGUUGCUGGGAUUCUAUCCACGUGGUUGAAGUACAGGAGAAGCCCAGUAAGAAGAGUGCUCACUACAAGCUGACCUCGACGGUAAUGCUGUGGCUGCAAACCAGCAAAGAGUCAUCUGGGACCAUGAACCUUGGUGGCAGUCUAACUAGACAGGUUGAACAAGACUCGGCAAUAUCAGACUCUGCACCACAUAUUGUUAACAUUGGCAAGCUAGUAGAGGAAAUGGAGAACAAGAUCAGAAGCACAAUGAAUAUUGUGUAUUUUGGGAAAACUAAAGACAUUGUGAAUGGCCUGCGGUCGAUUACCCCUCUUGCUGACAAGACAAACCAGGCUGCUCUGGCUAAUGAACUGAAGAAUUUGAUGAAAUCCCGUGGACCAAAGGAAUGAACUAGUGUAGACCUGCUAAUGUUUACACUUUGUGAUAGGAGCUAAUGAAAACUUGUAUAGAAUAACUUGUCGUGUUUCUUACAAAAUCAUAUUUUUGUAUCCCAAGGUUAUCUGCAUGAAGCUUCUGCUGCAGUUUAUAACAACUCUAAUAACACAGUCUGCUGAUCAAUUCUAGUAUGUGUAUAUAAGAAAGAAUUAUGUCAUUUCUCUGUGUUAAAGAUUUCAUAUAGAAAAAUGUGCAAAUUCUACAGAUAACAAGUUACAAGUGUUCAGAACUGUGUUUUAAAUAAAGACUGUGAAGUUAAUACAAGAGUUUGAAUGACAGUGUGCUAAAAAUGAAGAUUACUGUUUGGUUGAAGUUUAUUCGGGAAUUCUGGUUUGGUUAGAAAUGUUAUUUUUGACUUCCAUUGAAAUGUCGUACUGGCCAAUGUAUAAAUUGUUCCUAGGUUUUUGUAGUUAGAUGAAAUAAAAAUAAGCCCCUACGAGAUGGAUGAGGUAGUUUGACUAAUAUUUAUGUAGCAUGUAGAUAAUUUACCGUCUUUUCAUCUUUCGUUGCUAGAUCUAUUUGAAGACUUAUUUAAAAAUAAUUUAUUACCUGAAAAUGAUGUAAAGGGCAGUAACUCUGAUAGGUUUGGUAGAAGCUGAUUGUUAAGUUUGUCCAUGCUUGCCCUUUCAGAUUGUUUUGUCCAGAUCGGGACUCAGUGGUGAUAAUCAGGGUUAAAUAUAACAUGUGAAUGGUCAGUCAGGUGACCUGUUGGUUGUGGUGAUUAAAAAUACCAACAACCAUUUUCCUUUUGCACACAGAGUUAUGCGUAAUUUGAAUAAUGAAAACAUUUUUUAUUUUCAUUGUUUAAAUUAUAUCCACAAUCUUUGUUUAAAACCAUUCAUUUGGCGUGAAGUAAUUUGCUAUGUAAUGAGAACAAAAACCGUUUUUUUGUGUCCACUGAUUGUCCUCUGAUAUUCUGUUUUCAAUUGCAGAUCUAUAUGUGACUUGUGAUUUACUUAUUGUCUUUUGUGUAGUCUGCAUUUCGUAAGAUGAGAAAUAUUUGUUAGUGAUGUCACUGCUUGUAGAAACAAUAGCUGUUCUAGCAUUAUUCGUUACAAAUAUGUCUUGGGUGCUAAAUAAUAUUUACAUUCCCUUUAUAAAAACUAAACUUGAUGUUUAUGUGGUUGUUUCAGUUCAAGAAUAUAACGGAGCAAUGUUAUCCUACAUUUGGGUAAAGAAUCUUUAUUGAUUUUUUUUUUAAUGUUGAAAUCUUUAUUAAAAUUAUAUUUGUUCACCGAAAUGAAUGCCUGCAAUUCACUGUUGAAUGAGAAACUGUUCUAUAACCAUAACAAUAACCACACAGAGCUUAACCUAUCAUAACCAACAGGUUACGGUCUUUUAUUGUUGCCCAACCUGCUAAUGGUUAUGUUAAAUUUUGUCCAGGCACAAACAUUAGAAUUUCUUACUCGUGGCAAUUUUGAAAGGUUUCUGCCAUAGGCAAUAUGUUCACAUACAGCAAUUUUAAACUAAUACCUUUUACAAGAAAUAAAUACGAAAUUAAGAACCAAAAAUGAUCGCUGCAUUGGCAAACAUCUGUCAUUGGUAAAGCCCUAAUGUACAGCAGUUCAUAAUGCAGUUAGAGCUACAGCAAGUUAUGUUGGUGCCACCGGUAAGUUUAAGCCCGUAAUUAACAGUCGGUGCCACCGGUAAAUUUAAGCCCUUAAUUAACAGUACACAUACAGAAAUUGUGAUACUUUACAUUUGAUCUACAUGCAAGAAAAUGAGGUGUCUGGUGGUAUUUAAGAGAAUUAAAGAAAUAUUUUAUUAGCAACCCUCAUUUUUGCGCCCCCCCCCCCCCCCCCCCCCCCCCCCCCCCCCCCCCCAGAAAUCACACUUUUAAUUUUUAUUGUAAUCUGUACUUGUUUUAGUCUCUAGUGUUUACUGCAUAACAAAUGAAUACUAAAUAAAAGUAUAUUAAUAUAAUAGACAAUAAUGUUUGUACAAAUAAUCUGUGUCAAAUAGUACUAAAAGUCAGACAUGCAUCUGUUUUUACUCCAUAAAUAAUUGAGUGUAAAUUCGGUAUUGAAAAAUGUUUCACGUCAUUUAACGAAAUGGCUCAAAAGAUGGACAACAUUCUUCCACAGAAUCGACAGAAAAACAUGUACAUGCACUUUCUAUCAACAAAAAGUAUGAAAUUAACUUGGGCAUGCAUUUAAAGUCGAGUACACCAAAAAUACAGCUCGAUAUCAGUAUUAGUAUGGUGUCAAUACUGUACCAAUACCGAGGUUAUCACCUAACAAAUACCGAUACCGAACCUGAAAUUUGAAUACUGCCCAGCUCUUCAUUUUAUAUUUCAUCUUAGCAAUACAGUGGUGAUUUUCUGUGUACAUAUGUGUUUUUGGAAUAUGUACUAAACUCCAUUGAAAACGCACCACCCAAUUUUAGUUAUUACUGCUAUUGUAUGUGUGAGGUUGCUAUAAAACACACAAUAGCCGUAACCCAUAUAUACAGUUUGGGGGUUAUUCAUUACCUACCAUAAUACAUAUACAUCCACUUAUACAAAAUCAGUUAAAUAUAUUGCUGUUUCUUGUAUCCUUUUUACAGUCAGUAGUCUGACUGGUGUGUUGCUAAUAUACAAUAAAGUACAUGUACUUUUAGAACGAACACACUUACAACAAACUACCAGUUUGAACAAACUGAUAGUAAAGUCCCGUUUUCUCCCCUAUAUAGUAUUAAUAAAUUGUAAUGUAUAAAACAAACUAUGUAUGGCGAAUGAACAGUUAAAACAAACCAAUUGUUUGUCAAAAUUGUGAAUUUCAGUGUAAGUUAGUGUGUAUACAACAAACUGAUGAUACGGUGUUAUCUUAUUUGUGUGUUAUCAGUCAGUAGCAUUAACGGCAAUGUAUCCAAAACAACUGCACUGAUAUUGGUGAUAAUAAAUGAAAUUUAAAAAAAAUAUCCACUAAUCCUUGUUUAAAUUUUAAAAUUCCAAAAUGGCCGACUUCGUGAAGGAAAACGGCUGACUUGUACAAAUGUGUUUAACGAACUACUGCUAUAACGAACUGAUGCGUCUGGUCCCUUGCAGUUGGUUAUAAGAGUACUUUACUGUAGUUCAGUAUACUUGCUAAUCUGUAUAACACAUUUUGUAGUCGGGUUAGUGUGAUUUGUGUCAUCCACCGACUCCUGUUAACACAGCUUUCUGUUGUGUGCUCUGUACUCGUAGAAGAUGCAGAAUGACAACAGAAGGAACUAUUUUAAUUAUCUCUUUGUAUUUGUUUUUCUUUUUUGUUUUCUGUGGUUCUAAAAUUUAUUAGUGGUAACAAGGUUAUUUAAUUUUUAUACUUCAAAUAUACAUAAUACUGAUCUGCCCUAAAAUGUCUGUUGAGAAUCUUUGGUCUAUUUUCAUUUCAUUCAUAUAUUACAUAACUGUAACCACUCCAUGUAUGUGUUACUUGAUGAAAAUUAUUUCUUGUCCCCUAUGUUGAGGCUUCAGGUAUUCUCUGGGGAACUUUUGACCCUUUAAUUACAUCUCUUAGAAAAUCAAAUGCUGAUGCAAAAUUAAAAUAGUUUGCUUGAGUUAAAUACACUGACCUGGCGCUAUAUUGGUUUGUAUGUUUUCGCAGUUUGCUUCAGCAAAACAAAAUGGGGAUGUUACCAGAUUUUAAAUGAGAUUUAAUUACAUCUACAUUGCUGAAGUGAAUUGCAAGGGCUGGAUUGAAAACCACUGUUCAGAUUGCAAUACAUUUAUUUUGAGGUAGUUAUGGCAACUGCAUGUAUUUUACAGUUCUGUCUUACUGAAUGUUUAAAAAUAGCACCAAAUUCACAACACCAUACAGUUGUAGAAAAUUGCAGUGAGCUUGUGAGAUGACUUUUCAUUGACAAGUUAUAUUUGGAAGCACAGUCCGUUAGCUUCUGAGAUUUUAAUUCUAGUGUUCUCUUGGAACUAUUUCCUUGUCAUAUACGGCAAUUUGUUUCAUGAUGAAAUGGUUCACAAUGAUUCACAAAGUCACUUCAUUACUGUGUAAUAUAAGUAAAGCUAAUAUAUGUGCAUAAAAAGUACUUGCAGGUCGAAACUUUAUGUAAAAUAUGACUGCCUGAAUAAAGAGAUGUCAACUCGUAA